AUGUCUACACCGACAACGCCCAAGUGUGCCAAUGAGGCAUGCCAAAGCGGCCAAAGGGACAAUCUCUUAGCUUGCGGACGUUGCCAAGCCGUCCAGUACUGCUCCAAGGGCUGCCAAAAGCAGGACUGGAAAUACCACAAGGUGCCGUGCCAAAAGGCGGCCGGAGUACCAAUUGGCAGCUUGGCCUGCAAUCAAAAGUUCGCCAUCCAUGACCCAAAGGCACAAACCCUGGCCAAGGACAUGGGCAUGAAGCCAUCCCCUGCUGAUUUCCUCGCUUAUCCUCUGAGACGACUUGCUCUCACUAGAAAAGACACCCCAGGGAAUCUUCCUCUAUUCUUUGGUGACAGAGACAGGCCCGACAUCAGGAGUGCCAUCAAGGAAUUUCGCAUCGAGGCCCUGCUACGUCCACCGCCCGGCUCGCCAACGUAUGCUCACGCAAAACCCGGCAGACUGGAGGAAGGGCUUCCUGCAUGGACCCCGCAACCAGCGUCACUGGAUGAAGCCAAAGAGGUUCAAGAGAUUAGGAAGAUGCAGCAAAUCAUUGUGGAUCACUCGGGCCCUCGCGGCACCAAGGACAUUACGUCCGACGAUAUGAUGAGCAUCCUCACAAUACACUACCCAGAGCGAUGGGCCGAGAUGCUGCCACUGUACAAUUUGACACUCAACGCCCUGGAUCAAGGUGCUCAAGCUUAA